UAGAAAUAUAAAAGAUAAAAAGACGCUAUCUUCAAUACACAAGACAUCAAAGAGUUAACAGUUAUUAUUUUAUUGUGUUUGCAUCUAACAAUCUUGAAGAUGAACUUCACCUUCAGAGGUCUAAUGGCACCGGUUUUCACUCCAUUCAAGGAUGAUAUGACCCUCAAUGUAGAAAUAAUUCCAGAGUAUGCCAAUUUACUCAAGACUUUUGGUAUUCGUGCUAUACUAGUAAAUGGAACAACAGGAGAAGGUCCUUCAUUAUCGAAAGAAGAGAGAAAACAAUUAGCUGUGAAGUGGAAAGAAACGGUUAACACCACUAAACAACAUCUCAUGGUUCAAGUUGGUGGGGCACCUCUACCUGAUGUCUUGGAAUUGGCAAGACAUGCAGAACAAAUUGGUGUGGAUUCCAUUUUAUGCUUGCCAGAAUUAUAUUUCAAACCAACCACAACAACAGAAUUGAUAGAUUACCUGAAAGAAAUAGGCAAGGCAGCGCCAAACACACCACUUUUAUAUUAUCACAUUCCGAGCUUUUCUAAUGUUACCAUAAAUAUGGUCGACUUAGUUAAGGAAAUAAAAGGAAAAGUGCCUAGCUUUUGCGGUUUAAAGUUUACAUCUACACAGUUAGAUGAAGCCAUAUUGGCGCUUCAAGCAAAUGAGAAAUAUGCUAUUUUCGUUGGAGCUGACAGUGUUCUGGCUGGAGCCUUUGCGCUUGGUUUGGAUUCAGCAAUAGGAACAACAUUCAAUAUCUUUCCGGGAAUCAGUAUUGAAAUAUUGAAGGCUAUAGGUCAAUCGAAUGUUAAGGAAGCUAGGAUUCUACAGGAACAAUUGAAUACUCUCAUUGAAGGAAUAAAAAAACAUGGAAGUUGGGUUGCAACAAUGAAAUAUGCUAUGAGCUUGAUAAUGCCUUUAAAACUUGGAAAAGUAAGAAAACCACUGAAUAAUUUGACCGAAGAAGAAGAGAAAAGUAUAGCAGAUUCUCUCAAGCGAUCUGCUUCUUCAGGACUUAUUCUUAGUCAUAACAUGUAACAGAAAUAAGUUAUUCUUUGAAUUAUCGAAACAAAAGAAAGCCAAGUACAAUAUUCCACAUCCUUUAUUCGACAAAAACUAUAAAAAAGCAACAAACGUAAUGCAGCCCCCAGCUAUAUGUCAUUUUACAAUAAAAAAUUAAAAGUUA